AUGCCUGAAGUCAAUUCCUGCUGGGGGCAUGUAGCGCCGACAUGGGACACCCAUACCGCCGGAGUAUUAGACCGAUCAGGCCCGUUGAUAGAAGGAUUUCCUCAUCACAACGCCACGCCCAAGGACAUUGGGACAGGGAGACGCAGGAACAGGAACACUCUCACGAAGCAUACAGCCGCGGUCGAACGACGGGACUCAUCACGCCAGCAGAAGCAGCAGCAGCAGCAGCCGCCGAGGCCAAUUGUAGGUCUCCAGAGGCAGCCCACAGGAGGACUCUUCGUCGAGGCGCCGUCCCCGUCGCCCCCUCCACACCAGGGCCGCGACUCGCACUCGGAAGGGCUAGACUCGCUCGUCCAGUCGCUGCCGCCAGCAACAGACCCGGCCGACCUGCCGCCGCUCAGCGCCGGGGUGCCGCCUCGGGGGAUAUCCAGCAAGAGCAGGGGCCACUACGUCGUCGCCGAGAAGGAGGUCAAGGCGAAAAGCAAGAAGUGGACAAGGAGGGACUCAUCCGCCGGAAACCAGAGCGAGGACAGGAACCAGAUCCUGCCGGCCGUCACCAUGUCGGACAAGGGAGACCGGGUUUAUGAGCACGCCGAGAAGAGCGGGGCGCUCACGAGGCGCCAGAAGGUGAGGAGGCAUUGUGCCAAGUGGUGGUGGGCGCACCUGAUAGUACUUCUUGCCAUCACGGCGCUGGUGGUAUGCUUGAUAAUCUUCGUCGCCGUCCCCAGGAUCGCCCAGCAGCGCGUCGACGGCGCCGACCUGACCAUCCAGGGCAUCAUCCUCUCGCAGGCGCAGUCCGAGAACUUCACCAUGUCCAUCAACAGCACGCUGCGGGCCGACGACAGCAUCCACGCCGUCAUCGACCCCUUCGAGGGCGUCAUGUUCCUCGAGGACUGGGAGCCGCAGACGCCCUUCGCGCGGCUGCAGUUCCCGCAGACGACGUCGGCGUCGCAGUCGGCCGUCAACCUGACGCAGUUCGUCGACAUCCUCGACAUGAACGCCUUCACCGUCUUCAACACCUGGGUCCUCAUCAACGAGACCCUGCGCGUCAGCGUCGAGGGCGACACCCACCUCAAGGUCAACGGCAUCUCGCGCAAGUACCCCGUCCACUUCAAGAAGGUCGUCGAGCUCAAGGGCCUCAACAACUUCAACGGCACCACCGUGCCCGAGUCGCGCGUCCAGCUGACACCGGACUCGAACGGCGACAACUUCUUCGGGACCGUGGCCAUCCCAAAUGUCUCAGUACUCACCUUUGACAUCGGCAACACGACCUUCAUCAACUACCUCCAAGGCCAGGACAUCGGCCGCGUCUUCGUCGACAACAUGGUCGUGAGGCCGGGCAUCAACAACUUCACCAUGCACGCCAACAUCUCGCAGACGCCCAUCCUGCAGGUGAUCCAGCAGCGGCCCUUCUGCGAGGACGGCGUCCUGCCCAUGCAGCUGCGCGGGGAGAACGUCGUCAACAACGGCCAGCUGCUCACCUACUACCGCGACUCGCUCGGCUCCACCAACCAGAGCGUCGACAUCGACGUCGGCGCCGACCUGACCGAGCUGGGGCUCACCAUCACCUGCUCCAACACGAGGAGGGCCGAGCUGCCGUUUAUCUCGUGA